CUCGAGGCCUGUGGCAGGAACGGGUAGUUGGUAGCUGGUACAGUGAAGCAGGAUGGCUGAGCGCUAUGCGAUCUCCAAGGUGAAUGUGCCAGAGGGCGCAGCUGUGCCGGAGCUUGUCAAGAUGAAAAUGGAGAAAGAAGAGAAGCUGGCGGAGGAAAAGAAGCAAGCACUGGCUGCGAAGCAAAAGGCUAGAGAGGAAGAGCGUGCCAAGCUGAAGGAGCGAACGGUGGCCUAUGAGAAGGAGUACGCAGACACAGCUGCUGAGCUUGUGAAGCUCCGGCGUGAAGCCAAGCUGAACGGCAACUUCUUCGUGGAGCCAGAGGCAAAACUUAUUUUUGUGGUGCGCAUUGCGGGUAUCAUGAAGAUGAGCCCAAAGCCAAGGAAAGUGCUGCAGCUGCUGAGACUCAAGCAGUUGCACAAUGGCGUGUUUCUCAAGGUCAACAAGCCAACCUUGAACAUGCUCAAACUCGUGCAGCCUUAUGUCACCUAUGGCUAUCCCUCCUUGAAGACAGUCAGGGAGUUGAUCUACAAGCGUGGCUUUGGCAAAGUCAGCAAGCAGCGCAUUCCACUGUCCUCCAAUGACAUCAUCUCUGAUGCCCUGGGCAAGCACGGCAUUCAUGGCAUGGAGGACAUCAUCCACGAAAUUUACACAGUGGGCCCCAACUUCAAACAGGUCUCCAAUUUCUUGUGGCCCUUUAAGCUCUCCUCUCCCAAGGGCGGCUUUGUCAACAAACGCCAUGGCUAUUGUGAAGCUCGUGGUGGUGAUUGGGGGAAUCGCGAGGAGCUCAUCAAUGAGCUCUUGGGGCGUAUGAACUGAGCCGAAGAACUGGGACCAGCUGCCAUCGAAACAAAA